GAUGAAGCUAGCAACUGUCGUACAAGCAAAUGGCAUUCACCUCCAAAACGGCAAUGAUUGGGCAGUGCCUUUAAUAAUAUAAAAAUCCGCAAUCCCAUAUCUUUGUUGCUUAAUUUCAGCAGAUACAACACAAUAUCCAAACUGAAAACAUUGUUUUUCAGAUGAAAUACUACCGGGUUUUAGACAGAAUAUCGCGAAAGUUCUGAGAUGCAUCUAAUGUUUGGAAUUCCUGUUGUUCAAGGAGAUCACAAAGUUGAAGAGAGAAAGUGGGAGAAAGAGAGAUAGAUAUUAGCUCAGGCCAAGAAAAUUUCAGAUUUAGUAUUAAUUCUCUUUAGUGCGUAAAGGGUUUUUUCUUUUUUCUAUUUUUUUCUUUUUUUUUUUUGCAUUCAGACUCUUUUAUUGCCCAUAAAGCUGAAAGCAUUGAAAGAUUUUUAAGAGUGAUUUAAGGGAAACGGUAAUUCUGUUACACGAAGAAAAGAUUUAAAAUUUUGAAUUCCAGACAAGCUAGCUCCUGUUGUAUUUCAGUUUCAGUUUGUCCUCACGUUUCUUAUUUUUUUGACAGAAUGGCUGCGGCAGUGAUUAAGGAAGCAAAACCAAUCUCUUCAGCCUCUGAAGUUGAGUUUGCAAAAUGUGACUGUUGCGGCUUUUCAGAAGAGUGCACGCCAGCUUAUAUUUCUCGGGUGCGAGAGAGGUAUGGUGGUCGUUGGAUUUGUGGAUUGUGUGCAGAGGCUGUUAAAGACGAGACUUGUAGGGCCAAAACUGAUAUUAGUACUGAUGAGGCAUUGAAACAGCACACGAAGUUUUGUCAACAAUUUAGAUCUUCUACACCUCCAAGGAAUCCUACCGAGGAAUUGAUUUCGGCCAUAAAACAGCUGCUUCGACGAGGUUUGGAUUCUCCUAGGAAGAAGAAAUGUUCCGUUUUCCCAUCAAAAGGCUCAUCGCUUUCGAUUGAGAGUUGAAGGAUUUGAAGAGGAUUCAAUAAUGACCAUGAAUGGUUAAGUAAAUGACCAAGAAAGGUAAGGCAACCUGGGAUUAGUUACGGCUCAUGUUCUUAGUUACUCCAAUGUUUUUCUAAUAUGUUCUUGGUGGCUAGUGGGAUGGUUUUAGUGUAAUGGUUAUGCUAAUGACAUUAGAUUGAAUGGGUCAAAGUUGAAGGGAUUUCCCUUCAUGAACUUCAAUCGAAUUGAAUUUGGUUA